AAAGGAAAUUUCCACGACAUUAUCAGUCUUGACUUGACAUCGUGCAAAAACACUGAUACCGGGUCAACGCAACAUUAGAUCAAGUGAACUGCUACUCUCCUAACAAGCUUUUAUCCAGCCUCUUAUCACAGCCCUGAGGUUUUCCCUUCCUGCAUCCUUCAAGCAAUGGGUAACUCAACAGUUGGCGAUGAUAAUCCUGCGGAGAAGGAGUUUGCUGCCGCCACGUCGGAUCCUGAGGCUGGUCAGGACUCCGUCUCGGGGAAGCCAUGGAUGUACAAGUCUUGGAAGAUUGGCCCUUUAACGCUGCCCUGGUUUGCACACCCGAUGACCCAGCUCGUUCUGGUCUCCUUUGUUUGUUUCCUUUGCCCUGGCAUGUUCAAUGCUGUGAGUGGCCUUGGGGGCGGUGGCCAGGUCGAUGCAACCGAUGUUAACAAGGCCAAUACCGCAUUAUACAGCACAUUUGCCGUGGUAGGCUUCUUCGCUGGUUCCAUUGCAAAUCGGAUUGGCCUCCGCCUGACUCUUUCGUUUGGUGGAUUUGGAUACUUCCUCUAUGUGGCAUCUCUUCUGUCAUAUAACCAUAACGCCAAUGCCGGCUUCCUGAUCUUUGCUGGCGCACUACUCGGUGUCUGUGCUGGGUUGUUGUGGUGUGCCCAGGGAGCCGUCAUGAUGAGCUACCCACGUGAACACGAAAAAGGCAAAUACAUCUCCAUCUUCUGGGUGAUUUUCAACCUCGGUGGCGUGAUCGGCAGCCUGGUACCUCUGGGCCAGAAUCUGCAUUCUACCGCUGGUAGGGUCAAUGAUGGCACUUACAUAGCUUUCAUGGUCCUUAUGGCAGUCGGUUUCGUUCUCGCAUGGGGCUUAUCUGAUUCAAAGUACAUUAUGCGCUCGGACCGUUCACGUGUCAUUGUCAUGAAGAAUCCCUCCUGGAAAUCAGAAUUCAAAGGUCUUUUUGACACCCUGCGCAGUGAUUAUUACAUUAUCCUUAUGUUCCCUCUGUUUUUGUCGAGCAAUUGGUUUUACGGUUACCAUUUCAAUAGCGUCAAUGGCGCCUAUUUCAAUGUCCGCACUAGGUCUCUCAACAGCUGCCUCUAUUGGCUCAUGCAAAUGGUCGGUGCCUUCGUCUUCGGCUUUACUCUGGACAUGAAGUUCUUUUCUCGGUCAAUGCGCGCAAAGAUAAACUUCGUCCUACUCUUUCUUCUCACGUUGGGUGUUUGGGGUGGCGGUUAUGCCUUCCAGAAGCAGUAUACUCGUGCCGACGCGCCGCUUGAUACGGACUGGUCGGAUAGUGGCUACGUUGGUCCUAUGUUCCUUUAUAUGUUCUAUGGUUUCUACGACGCUGCCUUCCAGACCUGCGCUUAUUGGUUUAUGGGAUCACUUACCAACAACGCCCGCAAAUUGGCAAACUUUGCCGGCUUCUACAAGGGAAUUCAGUCCGCUGGCGCAGCGGGAAUGUGGGCCAUGGACCUUGAUAAGGCUCCUUUCAUGACCGAGCUUGCCUCUUGUUGGGGUCUUCUCCUCGGCAGUCUUCUGAUUGCAUCCCCCAUCAUCUUCUUCAAGAUUAAGGACCAUGUGGACAUCGAAGAAGAUCUCAAAUUCUCCGAUGAAACAGCUCAUGACGUCAUGGGUAACAUCCCUAUGGAAGAACAGACAUCUGGAAAGAGGGAGGAGAAGCGGACGUCUGUCGCUUAACCCUACCUAGUGUCCAUCGUUUGCUGCUUAUCUGGAUGUAUUUCUUUUUUACGCUAAGGUCAACAGUUGAUAUCCAUGGUGACAUGUUUGGGUAGCCUCAGUGGAAAGUUUCUCGUUUACUCUUUACCCCAAGGUACACUCGGGCCUACAGUUUGUGAUGUACCAUUGGAUUAAUGCUCAAACAAAAACAUGUAUUUAAUUACCCCCAGUUGUCACGAAUGAUUUAAUAUAAGAAUUU